AUGUUCUCCUCAGGCGGAACCUAUUGGAUGAUUGACAUGGCAACACCACUUGGGCUGUCAAUCCUGAAGUGGAUGGCUAGAAAUGGAGCAAGAACAUUUGUUCUCGCCAGCAGAAAUCCACGUGUUGGCGAGGCUUGGCUGCAGGACAUGUCUCGGCUGGGAGCUACGGUGAAGCCCUUGAAGAUGGAUGCCUCGAACAAAAAGUCCAUUUUGUCGGCUUUUACCCACAUCAAGGAGGCUUUACCACCUAUUGCAGGUCGAAGGCUGAGAGGCCUGGUGGGCUCAGUUCUGGCUAUUGGAAUGGUUGUUGAUGCUGCGUACUUCGCUAAGCAAGGCAAGGACAUGAUACAGCGCAUGAUGCACCGUGGUUACGCGCCUCUGUCUGAGUCUGACUUACACGAUGCUUUUGGUGAAGUGGUAGCUGCCGGAGCACUGGAGAGUGAUGAAAAUCCCGAAAUAUUCUUUGGGUUACAGAUGAUUGACUCACAGGUUGGCCAAGGCGGAGAGUCCAUAUUCACCUCAAACCAUUUGCUUUCUCACUUCAUUACGCCUCAAUCCCAGGACAGGGAGAGGCAAGUUUCUGAGCACGAUAGCUCACCUUCGCCUCUUCCUGACGAGCAGCUGCAAGAAACAAAGUCUGAUCAAAAUGCGUACGACAAUUUGCUUGCGCGUUUAUCGACCAAGGUCAUGUCACUUCUCCAGCUUACCGAUCGGACUUUGGAUGUGCACACCUCCCUAUUGGAUCUCGGCUGUGACUCGCUUUUGGCCGUGGAUAUCCAGGCAUGGCUUGCCAAAGAAUUCAACAUCGAUAUUACCCCCAUGGAUGCACUAUUGGACACUAUUGUAGAGCUGUGCGAGAAAACUUUCCCACAGUCCGAAGUCCAAAGCAUAAUCAUGCAGAAGGAAGACGAACUUGUUGCUCAAGAUCUCGAUUUUGUAGAUGUCGUGACAGAUACAUGCCGCUCAGACGACAGUAGCUCAGUUCAAGAGCUGCGACUCGAUGCCACUAGCUCAGAUUCAUCCCGUGUCCUAUGCCUUUCUGAAACUGAAUCCGAGAAAGAACGAAUCGACUUAGAACCAAGGUUCACACGGGUUGAAAAAAUGUCUCCUCACCAGUCUCAGAUAUGGUUCGCGGGUUAUUGGAUGAAGGACCCUACUCAGUACAAUGUCGUUAUAUCAUACAGCGUCGAGGGAACUUUUGCAGUCGACAAGUUCAAGAGAGCCUUGGAACAGGCUAUCUCACGGCACGAAUCUUUAUCGACUGCAUUCUUUUCAGAUCCCAAUAAUAGUGACCUCCUUCAGGGUAUAUUGAAAACCCCGUUACCCUUUUUUGAGCAUGUUAGGACUUCCAGUGCUGCCUCUGUAGCACGCGAAUUUGAUAAGCUAGCGUCUUACCAAUGGCACCUGGAACAAGGUGAAGUUAUGCGGGUUACAGUGGUGUCGGUUGGGCAAGAUCAUCACACAGUCAUAUUCGGGUAUCACCAUAUUGUCAUGGACGGGGCUAGUUGGUCUACAUUCUUGCACGACCUGAAGUGCUUCUAUGAGCAGAAGCCCUUACGCGAAGUUGCGCAAUACAUCGACUACUCCCUAAUACUGAAUCGCGACAUCGAGAACAGAGCUUUUGUGAAGGAGCUAGAGUACUGGCAAUCUGAGCUUUCACCACCUCCAGAAAUGAUGCCAGUCCUCCCUCUUGCGAAGGAAAAGACUCGCACACCAACAGACAAUUUUAACUUACACAAAUCAACACGUUAUCUUAGCAUAGAGGUCACGAACAGAAUCAAGCAAGCGAGUCGCAAUCUUCGAGGCACACCGUUUCAUUUCUACCUAGCGACCUUACAAGUAUUUCUCGCCGGGCAGCUGAAGAUCGAAAAUUUGUGUAUUGGAAUGAGCGAUGCAAAUCGCAAGCACCAGCAGUUCACUGACACCGUGGGCUACUUUUUGAACAUGCUACCUCUUCGGUUCCAGGUUCAGCAAACAGACAGUUUUUCUGAUGUUUUCAAGCAGACAUCUUCUCAAGUCCUAAAAGCGUUGUUGAAUUCUUCAAUCCCCUCCAACUUGGUCGUGGACGCCUUGAAGAUCCCGCGAGCGCCAAAUGUAACGCCUCUCUUCCAGGUCGCCAUCAACUACCGCGUGGGAGAUAUUACCCAGAUGUCCGUGGCCGACUUCAACCUCAAUUACGAGCGGAGUGUAAUGGGAAAUGCGCCAUACGAUAUCUCUUUUCAUGUCACCCCCCAUACGAAGGGCACCUCUGUUGUGGAAGUAAAUUGUCGGGACUAUUUGUACUCACCUGAAGCCACAGACAAAAUCAUCGAUGAUUAUAUCAAGCUACUGGAAAUUACGUCCUCAGAUCCUUCACUUUCCGUUCAUAAGAGUCUUGAUAGCCCUUCCUCCACCAAUGAGGAUGGUCUCUCGGUUCAACGUGGCCAAAGAAUAUCUCACGGUUGGCCAGCGACCUUGCCGGAAAGGUUCCAGGAAAUGACCGAUCAAUACGGAGAUAGAACUGCAGUCACGGACCAAGAUAGAGAUUACAGCUAUCAUCAGCUUCACGCGCAAAGCACACACAUCGGAGACGCUUUGCUUCAGAAAGGAGUCAAAACUGGGGACACAGUUGCAGUCUUAUGCCAUCCGUCAAUCAGCUCAGUUGCAAGCCUCCUAGCAAUUCUCAGCAUCGGCGCAGUUUACGUGCCCCUCGACCUUAGCCUCCCUGCAGCAAGACACAAAGCCAUGAUCGCAGCGUCUUCUGUUAGAGCGUUAAUUUGUGUCUCUUCAACCGCUAAGAAAGUCUCGGAAUUGGGAGUCUCAACCAUCCUCAACAUUUCCGAAAUUCCCUCCUCUCGAACUCGCGGCACGAGGCUCACUGACAACGGAAAUGGUGGCUCUUUGUCCAUUUUAUUGUACACAAGCGGCUCAACAGGCCAGCCGAAAGGUGUCUGUCUGCCCCAGAGCGGGUUUAUUAACUACCUCGCUGCUAAGAGGAAAGAGCUAGGUCUCAAUAGCUCAACGGUCGUUCUUCAGCAAAGCUCGUUGGGGUUCGAUAUGGGACUUGCCCAGACUCUCAAUGCCAUAAUGAACGGAGGAAAACUUGUCAUUGUGCCACAGGAAGUUCGAGGGGAUGCAAUCGAAAUUGCGAGAAUUAUCCGCGAUCAAAAAGUUUCUUUCACGUUAGCGACGCCGUCUGAAUACCUUGUCAUGCUUCAACAUGGCCGUGAAUACCUCAGCCAUUACACCGGAUGGCGUAACGCCUGUCUAGGUGGUGAGCCAUUCACAGACCAGCUCAAGCGGGAGUUUGUACGGCUACAGCAUUGUCCUGCAGUACAGGACUCGUACGGUGUGACGGAAAUUUCGGCUUGCACAACCUUUGAGACGAUGUCUGCCUCCCAGCUCGAAGGGGCCCGGAGCGUUGGAAGAACAAUUCCAAACACUUCUUUGUAUAUUGUGGACGCGAACUGCAAUCUUGUUUCAUUUGGGGAGCCUGGAGAAAUUUGCAUCAGUGGCAUCGGUCUUGCAUUGGGAUACCAAAACGAGGAGCAGACCAGGUUGAAAUUUGUCCGAGACCCAUUUGCUUCACCUGAUGAUAUAGCUAAAGGAUGGAUUCGAAUGUACCGUACCGGCGACAAAGCCAAACUGCUUGAGGAUGGUUCUCUAAUUCUGUUGGGCCGAAUGGACGGGAACACGGAAAUCAAGCUUCGUGGACUUCGUAUUGACCUUGAAGACGUGGCAUCCACAAUGGUCAACUGCCAUCCGAACCUGCUAUCAUCAGCCAUCGUUUGUGUCAAGGGCCAGGGCGUCUCGGAAACGCUCGUUGCCUUCGUUGCCCUGAUGCCUGGGCAGACUGCCAGCGACGCCGAUCUACAGCAUCUUGCUAGCAAUCUUCCCUUGCCCCAAUACAUGCACCCUUCAACAGUCAUGUGUCUAGAUGAGUUACCUCGGAAUGCCAAUGGAAAGGUUGACCGCAAGAAAAUAGAGGCCAUGCCAUGGACGGCGCCAACCACAUCGUUCCGCAACAUAUGCUCGAUUGUGCAGGCUCAGCUCAAAAAGGCAAACCAUCCAAUCCUUGCCAUGGACCAAAUUGUCAAAUUCUACUCACCGGCUCUACAGGUUUUCUGGGCAGAGUGCUGGUGCAAGCCCUUUUACAGAUACCUGAGGUGA